AAGGAGGUAGGGAAGUGAAACAUGAAUUUGAUUCAAUGUUGAUGCUCAAAAAUAUUCCCAAUACAGGUAGCUAGCAAGUAAAGAGCACCAGAGAGACUUGACCUGAUUAAUUAGAGAUGGAGUAUAUUUAUUGUGAUUUAGCCAUUGAAGUGGCAAAAUACCUCACACCAAAGGAUAUAUCUACAUGCUGUAGAGUUUCACUCCACUGGCGAGAAGUUUUUGGCAGUAAUGAGGUUUGGCAGCGUCUGUGCGACUCUGAGAUAGAGGAGUACCUGAGGACAACUCCGUGUGUAGUGGAGCCAAUAUUUCAACUCCCUCAACAUAAUGGCACUUCACUACCUCCUCUGAGUCAAUGGAAAGCCGCCUUUCUACGAGAACAACACUUGUGGACAAACUGGCAAAACCGGAACUUCAAAACUGUGGAAUAUGAUUUGGGAAAUGAGAAGAAUUCUACAGAGAAAUUUGUAACAAAUGAUUUGAUAAUGAGGUUUCUUCCCAAUUCAGUGGAACUGUGGGACGUAAGAGCGGAUCGUCCAGUUCUAAAGGACACAAUAUCAUUCGGAAAAACAAGAUGGUACACUCCUACGGUUUUAGAGAACGGGUUUGUUACCCUCAAGGGCUAUUACAAUGAUAAUGGUAAUGAUCACUAUUUUACAGAAAUUUUCAAGGUUAAUCAAAAUGAACGCUCUGUAACCCUAAAAUGGUAUAUUGAACGAAAUGGCAAAGAAUUGUCUCUCAGACCGGGGUGCAGCGAGGAAUCAGUUAAGAACAGAUUUUGUUCCGUAAAAGAAUUGAAUAUAGUUAUUACUCCAGGGGGGAAGUGCAUCGGAUACCUCAGCUACCCCUCCUCCAAUCCCUCGUACCCUGGUGGUAUCAUGCACUCAUUUUGUGUGUGGGAUUUAGAAAAUGGAGUAGAACUCAGAAAAGAAUCCCUAUUCCUACCAGAUUGUUAUUUGAUAAUUGAAGGAUGUAAAUCUAGUUCAAAUCAAUGUGAAGAUGUGGUAGUCAUUUUACCUUACCCAUUUAGCACCCCUGAUAGAUCAGGGCUUGCUUUUGGUACUUUAGAAUUUCAAGUUUAUAAUGUAAAUAAUCUUAAAUUCUUUCCGUUUAAGAAAAGGUGUACUUAUAUUGAUCAGGUUUCAGAAUCAGAAUAUGAAUCAGAUUAUGAAUCAGAAUAUGAAUCAGAAUAUGAACCAGAUUCAGAAAAAAAAUGUAGGGAAGAUCGAACUUUUUGGGUUAUAACUGAUGGGUUUUUGGCCCUUUCGGACUGUGGCCGUGAAGGCCGUGAAGCCAAAGAGUUCAUAAGAAUUUUCAACUACCAAACUGGUCACGAGCUGUACAAGACCAAGGGUCGAACCCUGGACUACACCAUACUCCACUGGCAAUACAUCGCUUGCCACUUCACCAAGUGCGACAGUUUGCAGCCUAUCAGAGAGGUAGCUGCUGAACCAAGCGAGCGAGGUGCCACGCACCCCGACAAGCUCAAGUUUACCCAACAACCUACUUCUGUCCACUGA